UCAGAGUUGAGCCGUGACAUCUGCGAGAACAAUGGAGAAGCAUGAAGCUGCAGAAACACGAAGUAAAAGGAAAAGGAAAUCAAAGUCUUCCUCAACCAGCCUUCAACUUCAAUGUGAUGACGCCAAUACCAUCUUCGCUUUAUUGCUCGCAUCCCUCUCUCAGCCUCGCGAACUCGACACUCUUUCCCUCAUCAGGAAAUGCACAAGCAAAAUUCUCACUUCGCUGCUCUCCGAAAUCCAUUUCAGACCCAUUCUUGCAUUGCUUCCAACACUUCUCAACUCCGAAUGUCCUGGAAUUGCGUGCUGUGGCGCAGAAAUUGUGGGCGCUGCUUCGCUUGCUUCUUUUGUUGUGAACAAUGAAAUUGCUUCUGAUUGUGAAACUUUGAAGGGUUUAAUCUCACUGUUGACGAGUUCGAAGAGAAAGGUUAUGUCAUCUGCCUGCAAUGCUGUCUUGGACUUGUCUACUACCACUUUUGGGCAACAGCAGCUGCUGAAAUUUUCUGCCUUGGAAAAACUAAUGUGCACAUUUAUUCAGAUUCCAAUUCUUUCAAAUUCUGUUUCUUUGUGGUCUGAGGGCAAUGGAAGUCUCCACUGUCUCAAGAUAGGGAUGGGAGAACAUCAUGAACAUUUGAUGGCAUUUCUUAGUGCGACUAUUAUUCUCAUUAAUUCAUGCGAUGCUGAGCAGCUACAGAAUAUCCCUGCGAGCGUUUCUGAAGCAUUCUUAACCCUUCUGAAAGAGCUCUGGGCAAAAGUAAGUCAUCAAAUGGCUGUCAAAGGUGCUAUAGAAGUUAAUGAAGAUGGACAUUAUUGUAAGAGCAAUAUUGGAGUUAAUAACCUUGCAGAAGCUAUAUUUAGGAUUUCCAUUAAUUCUUGCUUAUUGACUACGGCUUUACCAUUUGAAGUGCUUAAAGGAAGUCUAUUUGGUACAACGGAUUCUAGUUUUGAAGAUUUUAUUUUGAACCACUGGGAAUUCUCACCCUUUCUUCUGAAAAAGGCAUCAAACAAUCUAAAUGUGAAUGAUAUUCUUAGUCCAUUUAUCCAAUCUCUUGGCUGUACAGGGAAUGUUCCUUCUCUUCUGUCAUCAAUUCUUCAGGGUCUAGUAUCUUGUUUUCCAAUUGCCUCAGAUGAACAUGAUGUCCUCAAUUUUUUGAGUGAGGUGAAUGAUAAAUUGGGUUUUCCUAUAGCUUACCAUCAGGAUAUUCGAGUUGUAAAGACAGAGAGGCACUCAAGAAAAGAGAUGCAUUACUUUCAGCACUUUAAUUCAGGCUGCACUAGAGAACCUCACUAUUUCACUAAAGAUGACGUCUUGAAGUGUGGACAAGCAUAUAAAGAAGGAUAUACAGUUGCACUGCGUGGUUUAGAGUUUCGCUAUCGAAGCAUUGCUGCUAUUACUGAUAAAUUAGCAGUUAUGUUUGGUCAACCAUCUGCAGGUGCCAAUUUGUACUUGACACCACCUAAUUCUCAGGGUUUGGCAUGUCACUUCGAUGAUCACUGUGUGUUUGUAUGCCAGAUUUUUGGCUCCAAGCAGUGGACAGUAUUUUCUCAACCUAGUCAGCUGUUACCUCGUUUGUAUGAUGAUCUACGUGGUUAUGAUGUUAACUGUACAAUGGCUGGUAAAAAGGAGUUCUUGCUCAGGGAGGGUGAUGUGUUAUAUAUUCCCAGAGGUUUUCCUCAUGAAGCAUAUACUAAAUCCGGCCCUGAUGACGUUUCUUCUGGGUUUUCAUUACACCUUACCCUUAGUGUUGAGGUUGAACCACCAUUUGACAGAUGGGAAGGAGUUGCUCAUUUUGCACUUCAUUGCUGGAGUGAAAACCAGGAGAGACCUUAUUAUGGUGGCUCUAUACCUUGGUCUCAAAAGCUUGAUCUGGUUUCUGUGAGUUUAUUACACUUUGCCAUCAAGAUCAUUGGCAAUUCUGAUCCUACCUUUCGGAAGGCGUGCUUCGCUGCAGAAGAUUCUUUGCCACCACAUGUUUGUAAUUGGCUUGCUCAUAAUCAGAAAAACAUUUUUUGCCAUGUAAUUGAUAAAAUUCAUACUGAAUCUAGGUUCUUGGAAGUGCUGAGCAGCUUAGAGGUUGCAAUUAAGAAAAAUGAAGAUCCUUUUCAACGAAUCAGAUGGCUUUGGUUUCUCCAUCCAAAAAGAGAGUCUUCCAGAAGAUAUGAUGUAAAUCAAUCUUCUGUGUUUGAAGACUUGCUGUCUUUAUGUGCUCAGUACCAGGAUGAAGUAGAAGCUGCUUUUCUAGGAGUCAAGUCCAGGUUUUGUAGUGAUGUAGUAUAUGAGAAUAUAAUAGCUGGUUAUGUGAUGUUGCUUCAGAAAUAUAGGAAGGCUAGAAAGCAAUAUAGCAAUGGAAUGAUUUCACUACAUGAUAAAUGCUAAAGUAAAUUACAAAGA